AUGCGGGGCACAUCAGUACUGCCAGCUUUGUUGGCUUCUAUCUUCUCUGCACCUAACAUCCUUGCUUCAGAACAACAGCCAUUCGAAUUCGGAAAGAUGUCUGCACCACAGUACACACUGCCUUCUCUGCCAUAUGCAUAUGAUGCAUUGGAACCCCACAUCUCCGCUCAAAUCAUGGAGUUGCACCAUGGCAAGCACCACCAGACAUACAUCACGAAUCUUAAUGCUGCCCUCAAGACCCAAGCCGAGGCAGUGCACACGUCCGAUAUCACGUCUCAGGUUUCUCUUCAGCAAGGCAUCAAGUUCAAUGCUGGUGGACACAUCAACCACUCUCUCUUCUGGCAGAACCUCGCUCCAGCGAGCUCUCCUGAAGCAAAGAGUUCUGCUGCUCCCGAGCUUGUCAAGCAGAUUAAGGCGGUGUGGGGUGACGAGGACAAAUUUAAGGAGGCAUUCAACGCAGCACUUCUGAGCAUCCAGGGCAGUGGCUGGGGCUGGCUCAUCAAGGUCGAGACCGGAAAGGAGCAGAGGCUUGCCAUCGUUACGACGAAGGACCAGGACCCCGUUGUUGGCAAGGGCGAAGUCCCGAUCUUUGGCGUUGACAUGUGGGAGCAUGCAUACUAUCUCCAGUACCUGAACGGCAAAGCUGCAUACGUGCAGAACAUCUGGAAUGUCAUCAACUGGAAGACCGCCGAAGAUCGUUUCCUGGGCUCGCGCGCAGAUGCUUUCAAGGUCCUCAAGGCUUCUAUCUAG